AUGAUCAACAUCUGGGGCUCGUGGCGGUACACAGCCACGCCCGUCAGCCGCCACCCGACUUGGGGCCGCCGCGACGUCACCGUGAUCCUCCCCACGAUUGACGUGGACAACCCCAAGUUCGACGAGUGCAUCCUCUCCAUUCUCGAGAACCGCCCCGCUGCGGUCCUCAUCGUGACCGUUGGCGCCGGAAUGCGGGCGCGGUCCGAGGCCGCCGCCCGGGCCUACCGUCGCGAAUACCCGUCGACCGAGAUCGGUGUCAGCGCCAUCCUCCACCCUUCCAAGCGCCGCCAGGUCGCCCACGCCGUAGGUCAUGUCCGAACUGAGUUCACCGUCCUGGCGGACGACCACGUCUUCUGGCCCAGUCGCGAUUUCCUCCCUUCAGCCCUCGCUCCCUUCGAGGAUGUGAACGUGGGUAUAGUAGCGACGCACAAGCGUGUCCGCCGCACAACGCCCGGUGAGUGGUCCAUGUCCUCCAUUAUCAACUUGAUCGGAUGUCUUUACCUUCUCCGCCACAACUGGGAGCUCCGCGCCUCCAACGCCAUCGACGGCGGCGUCUUCGUCGUCUCCGGCCGCACCGCCCUUUACCGCACCAGGCUCCUCAGGUCCAGCGGCCUCAUGCGCAGGUUCUGCAACGAGCACUUCUUCUUCGGGCUCUUUGGCGGCAAGGAGGGCCUCGGCCCCGACGACGACAACUUCCUCACCCGCGAGGCGUACAGGCACGGGUGGGACAUCAAGUUCCAGCAAACCAAAGACUGCACCAUCGAGACGACGUUGGGCGACGAGUCGGCGGUCAAGUUCAGGGGCCAGCUCAUCCGCUGGGCUAGGACGACGUUCCGCAGCAACCCUUGCAUGCUGAUUCGCGUUUCGGACUUUUCCACUUGGCGCAUGCCAUUCACCUACUUUGCAGUGUACGGGGCCGCGCUGUUCAACUUUGCCCUGCUCUGGGACGCGGCGUUGAUCCUCUCUCUCGCCCGCUCGACUUGGAGCGACGGGCUCUUCUCUGUGAGCGUAUUCAAGCUUGUUCUCUGGAUUCUGUGGUCCAAAACAAUCAAGCUUUGGCCGCAUAUACUGCGUCACCCUGCUGAUAUUCCUCUGCUGACUUGUCAGAUUAUCUUUGCCUAUGUCCAUUCUGUUAUCAAACUGUGGGCAUGCAUUACAUUUUGGGACUGUGCCUGGUCGGGACGUAAUCUGAAUGCAGUCGAUGCUGAGUCCAAGAUAUCGAAAGAGUAUCUGGAUCAAGGAUUUGAUUUUGGGACUGUCGCAGACGAGCCAGGGUUGCCGAGACAUACAAUCUAUGGCUGA